ACGCCCCCUUAUUGUUCUUUUCUCACGAGGGCACCACAGAAGUUGCACGAUUUUGCCUGUCUUGAAUUCUUUUUUGUAUGGAAUUGAGAGUUAAAACUCAGUGAUUGAACUUAAUUACUAUCAAAAUGAACAUCGUAAAGAGUGUCAGUUUAAGCCACCUCGUUUCAAAUUACACCAGAUUUUGGAGGGUCUCAGCAAGGAAGUUCUCCAGCCAUUCCAAAUUUUCCGAGCACAAGGACCUGAACCACAUAAGAAAUAUUGGAAUAUCUGCCCACAUCGAUUCGGGGAAAACUACCCUCACUGAAAGAAUUCUGUUCUACACAGGAAGAAUAUCAGAAAUGCACGAGGUGCGAGGCAAGGACAGUGUGGGCGCCGUAAUGGACUCGAUGGAGCUGGAGCGGCAGAGAGGAAUUACCAUCCAGUCGGCAGCAACCUACACCCUUUGGAGGGACACGAACAUCAACAUCAUCGACACCCCUGGUCACGUCGACUUCACUGUUGAGGUGGAGCGAGCGCUUCGCGUGUUGGACGGCGCGGUUCUGGUGCUGUGCGCUGUUGGAGGCGUCCAAAGUCAAACCUUGACCGUCAACAGACAAAUGAAGCGGUACAGUGUGCCGUGUCUGGCGUUCAUCAACAAACUUGACCGGAUGAAUGCAAAUCCGUACAGAGUUUUGGACCAGUUGAGGACUAAGUUACACCAUAAUGCAGCGCUCUUGCAAAUUCCUAUUGGUCUGGAGAGUGAUCUUAGCGGUGUUAUCGACCUGAUCAAGCAGAGAGCCCUCUAUUUUGAAGGAAACUAUGGAGAGUCGAUUGUAGAGAAGGAAAUUCCUCAAGACAUGCGUGCCGAAGCUGAGGAUAAGCGUCACGAGUUGAUUGAACACCUUUCCAACGCUGACGAAACGAUCGGAAACAUGUAUUUGGAGGAGAAGACUCCAAGCGAGGCUGAUAUCAUGGCUGCUGUUCGAAGAGCGUGCAUUGCGAGAACUUUCACCCCCGUCAUGGUUGGCAGUGCCCUUAAAAACAAGGGAGUGCAACCUUUACUGGAUGGAGUGCUGCAUUACCUGCCUAAUCCUAGCGAAGUUGACAAUUUUGCCACUAUUGAGAAAUCAGAGGAAGAGCCACAAAAAGUUCUGAUGAGUCCAGAAAGAAGCAGCAAAAAUCCCUUCGUUUCGUUGGCGUUCAAACUCGAGGCAGGCCGAUUUGGCCAGCUGACCUACAUGAGGUGCUACCAGGGAAUGCUCAAGAAAGGCGACACCAUCUUCAACGUGCGUACUCAACGCAAGGUCAAGGUGUCCCGACUGGUACGUCUGCACUCAGACACAAUGGAAGACGUCAAUGAGGUUUAUGCUGGUGAUAUUUUCGCUCUUUUCGGCGUCGACUGCGCCAGCGGAGACACUUUCGUUGUCGACAAGAACCUCAAGCUCGCUAUGGAAUCGAUUUUUGUGCCAGACCCUGUCGUUUCUAUGUCGAUCAGGCCAAGCAACAACAAAGACAGGGACAACUUCAGUAAGGCUGUGGCUAGAUUUACCAAAGAGGACCCAACGUUCCGGUUCCACUACGACCCUGACAAUAAGGAAACUAUUGUGUCAGGAAUGGGAGAAUUGCAUUUGGAAAUUUAUGCUCAGCGCAUGGAACGAGAGUAUGCCUGCCCAGUUAUUUUGGGCAAACCAAAAGUUUCGUUCAGGGAAACACUGGUGUCCCCAAAAGAAUUUGAUUAUUUGCAUAAAAAGCAGUCUGGAGGCUCUGGUCAGUACGCCAGAGUGUCAGGAAUUUUGGAGCCCCUGCCACCAAAUCAAAACACAUCAGUUGAAUUUACUGACGAGACAAUAGGUACUAAUGUACCUAAACAGUUCGUCCCUGGCGUGGAAAGAGGAUUUCUUCAUAUGUGUGAAAAAGGACUUUUGUCUGGUCACAAAAUUUCCGGCGUGAAAUUCCGAUUGAUGGACGGAGCGCAUCACGUCGUGGACUCCAGCGAACUGGCCUUCAACAUGGCUGCUCAGGGUGCUAUGAGAGAUGUCUUUGCUGACGGACUUUGGCAGAUUUUGGAGCCAAUCAUGUCUGUGGAAAUCACUGGGCCUGAUGAGUUCCAGAGCGCGGUCAUGGGCCAGCUGAACAAGAGGCAUGCCAUCCUCACUGGCACGGACAACUUUGAGGGCUGGUUUACAAUCUACGCUGAAAUUCCUCUAAACGAAAUGUUUGGGUAUGCAUCCGAGCUUCGUUCGUCAACUCAGGGCAAGGGUGAGUUCAGCAUGGAGUACGCAAGGUACGCGCCAACCCUGCCAGAGACGCAGCAGCAGCUGAUUUCCCAGUACCAACAAGAACUGCAAGGACCCAAUGUGCAGAGCAAGAAGAAGAAGAAUUAAAGUGCCGGUCAGAUUGAACUGUCAAAAACUGACUUUCAGAAUUGGAAAAGAAUCUUAGUGUAAGGAGUAAGGGAGGAUGACGGGGUCUGGUCUUAUUUCUAUUACGUUUCAGAUAGGAUUAUGUAGAUCAGAUAUUGUCAUUCUGUUCGAUCAAGUUGUGAUUUUAAUUUAAAUAUAUGUGAUUGAAAAUAAUAA